AUGGCAAGUGGAAACUUGUGCAGAAAACUUCCUCUAUCUGCUGGCCGCAGUUUGACAUUUCUGAAACCAAAACACAAAAUUCUUCAUGAGCAGAGAGCUACAGCGUUUAGUUUAUGGGAGAAUAAUAAGAAGGGUACAGACGAGAUCAUCUCCAAGCCUCCCCUUGUACACAGAAUUAAUCAGUUUGUAAAAACUUUUGUGCCGGAAACCAAAAAAUAUAUUGAAGAGAAGAAGCUUGGUCUCUCAACAGGGGUCAUGCUUGAAGCUGAGCAUGGCAAUUAUCAAGUUGUGUUUAGGUUUGAUACCCAGGAAAUUGUAUCCAGUUGGAUUGUUAGCACAGACAAAGACAACAAUCAGGGUCAAAGCACAGCUGAUUUUGUGCUCACCCAAAACAGGACGGGUCUGUUUCGUGGGAACCUUUGUACAGAAGUCCCAAAAGAUGGGAAAACAAAGUAUGCCGGUUUCGCCAACAUAACCUGUCCCCCACCCAUGAAAUCUUACUCGAGAGAGACACACUGGGAUUGGUCCCUGUUCAACUGUUUUUUAGUUAAGUUGCGUGGAGACGGACGCCACUACAAUAUUAUCCUCGGGUGCGACUUUGAAUAUGAUAUCAUGUGGUUAAACCGCUGGAGUUACCCAUUGUUCACACAUGGUGGGCCAUACUGGCAAGUGGCAAAGAUUCCUUUCUCCAAAUUCUACCUUAGCUACAGAGGUCGUAUCCAAGACAAACAGGAGCCUGUGCCAAUGAAUAUAAUCAACAGCUUUGGAAUAACUCUGGCUGAUAAAGUCGAUGGGCCAUUCUGUCUGGAGAUAGACAGUGUUGCCGUUAUGUAUGAUAUUAAUCUCAGUGCCAAAUUUGCUUAUGAGUUGUACCACGACAGGCAUUAUUUAACACAGACGUAA